UAGAACUCAGAUCCCUGAUAUUAAUCUCGGCUUACUAUAAAUACCCUCCUCCUUUAGAUGAAUAACAUCGUCCAACUUAUAGAUUGUAAACCUUAAGCUUGAGAUUAUAUUAGUAUUAAUUUAUCAUGCCUACUCUUUUGGGAAAUAUGUCCGAAGCAUUCAGGAACCUAGCAGCCAGUACUGUCGAUGGAGAUAUGGAAGUGAAACCUUUUGCUCAAGCAUGUUCUUACAUUACUUCUCUCGUGCGCCUCUUAGGUCCAUUCUUCACAUUCGCAGUAAACGACGUAGCUGAGAAAGUUGAUGAUAUCAAUAGAGCGUCAGAAUUGUUUCGUACAUUAACAUCAAUGGUGGAGGCAGACAAUGAACAAAACGAAUUUUGGACUGCUAAUAGUCACUCAAGAAAUCUUCUCAGACUCAAGAGGAUUAUUGAGAUGGUGAAAAUUUUGUUUGAGCAGAUUGUAGCUUCAAAUUUUGAUGAUGCUGGUGAGAGUUCAUGGGCAUCUAAAGGAUUGGUGGCUUACUCGACAGUUUUUGGUCAACAACAUGGUGCGGGCUUACAGGCUACGCUCACAAACUACGCAUCCUUCAUUCCCACCCAGGCGCAGUUCCUUGUCACAUUACAGGAAGAUGAGGCAUCGUGCGGAGCAAAAAUGACAGUCAUCGUGGAAGCAGCCAGUCUUAUCACUCAAUACAUCAACAACUUAUUCAUUUCAAUGGAACUCAGUUUAGAAGGGUGAAACUCAGAAUAGGAGACAACAUUUCAAGGACAACCUCAAUCAUGAAAACUUAUCAGUGUUCUAUCCUCUGUUGGCUAUUGGAUUGGAUCAUCGCUUCAAGUGCUUUUAAGUUUGUGCAUUAAUUGUUUCUUGCCUGCAGAGAAUUUUCGUGGACGCUUUGUGUUCUCGUGUUUGUUUCUAUGAAUAACACCAUAACGGAUUGUCUUUC